AUGCCAUAUUUAAAGCCUUUUCAUCUCCUCUUCACCUUGUUUCUUUUUCGUAUUUUUUCCACGAAUCAUGCAUGCAACCAAAUAGACCAUGACUCUCUAUUAUCCUUAGCCUUCAACUGUAUGUCUUCUCCUCUACUAAAUUGGUCUUCCAUUGAUUGUUGUAAGUGGGAGGGCAUUUCUUGUGAUCAUAAACGUCAAGUCACCCAUAUUUGGUUACCUUCUAAAGGCCUUAGUGGGAGUAUAUCUCCCUCUCUUGGAAACCUCACACAUCUCUCCCACCUCAAUCUAUCCCACAAUUCACUUUCGGGUCCUCUCCCUCAAGGAUUAUUUUUGUACUUGAGUCAACUCAAGGUACUUGAUUUGAGCUACAACAAUCUAUUUGGCGAUACUUCUGGUUGGCCUUCCUCCAUUCAAAUUGUUGACAUAUCUAGCAAUCAAUUCACCGAAACAAUCCAAUCAUCAUUCCUUCAAAGAGCAUGGAGAUUGACCGACCUCAAUGUCAGCAACAAUAGUCUCACAGGCCCUAUUCCUUCAUUUCCUUGCAUCAAUUCUUCCUUGGUAAGGCUCCUCGACUUCUCCCAUAAUCAUCAUAGUGGCCAUAUUCCUAGUGGACUAGGGGCAUGUUCCAAACUCAAGGUUUUCCGGGCAGGUUUUAAUUCUCUCUCUGGAUUUCUUCCUCAUGAUAUAUACAAUGCAAUGGAGUUGGAAGAAAUCUCUUUGCCUUCCAAUGAUCUUUUUGGACCCAUUAGUGGUGGCAUUGUGAACCUUUCCAAACUCACUUACCUUGAGUUAUAUCGCAAUAAAUUGAGUGGCAAGCUCCCAGUGGAUAUCGGGAAGCUCUCCAAAUUAAAGCAUCUACUCCUUAAUGGGAACUCCUUAAAUGGUUCUUUGCCCCUAUCUUUGGCGAAUUGCACAAAUCUCAUAAAAUUGAUCUUACGAUCCAAUUGUCUUGAAGGAAACAUCUCUACCUUUAAUUUCUCAAGUCUUCAUCAACUUACUGUAAUUGACCUUAUGGCUAAUAAUUUCUCUGGUAACUUCCCAGUAAGCCUUUACUCAUGCAAGUCCUUGACCGCAAUCCGUCUAGCCCUAAACCAACUCGAGGGACAAAUCCAACCUGAGGUGCUUCAAUUAAAAUUCUUAUCUUUCCUUUCACUUUGUAGCAACAGAUUAACCAAUAUCACAUACGCAAUCAAGAUUUUGAUGCGUUGCAAGGCACUCAGUGUACUCUUCCUUGGACAGAAUUUUCUACACGAAGCAAUGCCAAGUGAUGACAAUAUAGUUGAUUCUGAUGGAUUUGAAAAUCUUCGAAUGUUUAGUCUUACUGAGUGCCAACUAACUGACAACAAUUUGCAUGGACCAAUACCAUUAGGCACUCAGCUCCAAAGCUUUGAUGCCUCUGCAUAUGAGGGUAACCCUGGACUUUGUGGCCCCCCUCUACCACAUGAUUGCGACCAUAUUGUUAGCAACAAGGAAGACAUUCAGGAUGAGGACGAUGGGCCUAAAAUCCCAUGGUUUCCAAUUAAUGUGGUCCUUGGCUUCAUUACAGGUUUUUGGGGAGUUUGUGGUUCAUUAUUUCUUAACUAUAAGUGGAGAGUUGCAUAUUUCCAAUUCAUGGACAACCUAAAAGAUAGUCUCAACACUCCUGCAAGUUCCUCAAGCCUUUCCUGUUUUAGUAAAUUUGAACAGAUCUCUAGUAGUAACUCCAGACCUUCUGCUCUUUAACAGGUUUGGGGGUCCCAUUCAAUCCUUGCUUCAUAACCAUGAUCCAAAGUCAGUGCACUCAUUGAUGAGAUGUCACUAGAAGCUCCAUUCAAUUCGUAAAUAUCUUCUUUCUCUGUUUGCUUACUGGUGAUAAGACCAUUUUCCCUUGCAUUAAAUUAUUUUUCACAUGGCAGUGUGACUUUACCUUCCAAUGUUGGAUUUUCAGUGGAAGCAUUUAUCAGAUAUGAGCUAGGGUUUAUUGUAGAAUGUGAAGAGCAUCUUGGCUUAGAGGAGCAUUUCCUAUCUGCAUGUGCUGACAACAUAAGCACCAAGGCUGUUUCUAAGUUGGCAUUUCCAAUUUGUUCAACAGAAUUGGAGAUAACUCUAGAACCCUUUACUGCUUUUGAUGUUUUCUCCGGACAGCUAGUGCAACCUAGCUACCUGAACACUUCCCAAAUUCUUUGAUGGCCUUGCCUUUCCACUUCUGGUGUCUUUUCCAACACUAACUUUGUUAGACAGUUGGGUUCCUUUUGGUCUAAGUUUGCUACUGUGUUCAGACUUCACUGGUAUAAAAACAUGUGAUAUAUUCUAGAAUUGAGCAAGGUAUGGCUAUAAAC